GUCAUACACCUCAACGACAAAACAAACACAACGGAGGAGAGAGAGAGAGAGAGAGAGAGAGAGACUAGGUAGAGCGAAGGAGAAACUCCGGCGAAACGUAAACCAGAGAUUUUUCGGUGAAGGAGAUUAAUGCUUUGAUUUGUAUUGUAAAUACUCGGAACGACGCCGUACUGCAUCCGACUCUGGAACUCCCAACUUGCCACCGCGAGAUGGCUGUUACGCCGCCGUCUCUCGCGGAUUCGUCAACCUUGACGUUUCUGUUCCGCAGUCGAUCUGUAAUCUUCCAGAGCCCUACUUGAAAUUUCAUUGUGUUAUAUGCAGAAGAAGUUAUUGUUAUUGUUUGGAAAGAGUAUAAAAUUGAUUCUGGAAUUGGAGUUUACAAGAAUGGCUUCUGGAGGGAAAGGAGGGUUGGAGAAGCUGAGGAGAUGCGUAAGGACAUUGUAUUUUAUGGUGGCGAUGGUGGCGUCUUUGUUGGUGCUAUCAGCGCCGGUGCUGGUGGCGAUUGGGGACGUCAUGGUGCAGUGCGUUUUGAUUUCGAGCUUCACGUGCAUCAGCUGUUACAGUAUUCAAGAGCAUUUGCACAGAUAUACAUUCAAGAGUUCAUUAACUGAAAUUCCUCUUGUUUCCAUCAUCAGAUCUCUCGUCAUCACUUGUGUGUAUUCCAUGUGCAACAGCGCUGCUCUCUCACACGGACCAUAUCUUGGAACAGUUACCUUUUGUUCAGUCAUUUCAGUUCUUCUUCUUUCCAUUAAGGCUUGUGUCUUCUCUGUCAAUUCUUACCUUGAAGCUGAAGCUUCAACAUCCAUCUCAAGGCAAAGGCUUCAUUUGAAAAAGUCAUGGGGGAUGCCUGUCUUAUUUCUCUCAUCUGUGGUGUUUGCUCUUGGACAUACAGUUGUUGCAUACAGAACAAGUUGUAGAGCUAGAAGGAAACUCUUGUUCCACCGUGUUGACCCAGAUGCUGUUCUCUCCAGAGUUGUUUUCUCUGGAUAUCAGAAGGUUCCACGUUCUCCAACCCCUUCUGCUGGGAGAACGCCAAGAAGUGACAGUGAAAUUCGCGGAAAACCAGCAGGAUUAGCUCAUUUGGAUGGGCAACUACCUGUUAGAUUGCUGGCUGAUUCUGACAGCUUAUUUAUCUCUUGUCAUGGGCUUACCAUUCAUUAUAAGCUAAGUUUGCCCGGGUCACCUCCCCGUUCCUUAUCAUCCAUAACCUUUCUUGACAGGCCAGCAGUAAGUUCUUUAUCAAGAAGCGAACAGAAACUUCGUAGGAGCUUCAGUAACCAGUUUCAUACUUCAUCUCUCUCUACUCCUUUGCUAGAUAGUUCUCCAAAAUCCCCUGUUCUGUCUGAAGACAUACCUAUUUUAAGCCUAGGUGAAACUGGUGGCGAGGAUCAAACUAAUAAGUUGCCAUAUCAACUUAACAUUCGAGAUUUGGAAGCAAAUUGUCAGUUUGGGAUUGUUUUAGUGCAUGGCUUUGGAGGAGGAGCCUUUUCAUGGAGAAAUGUGAUGGGUGUGCUAGCUCGACAGGUAGGUUGUGCUGUAGCGGCUUUUGAUAGACCAGGUUGGGGAUUGACAUCAAGGCCCCGCCGCAGAGACUGGGAGGAUAAUCAAUUGCCUAAUCCCUACAAGCUUGAUACCCAGGUUGAUCUGCUUCUUUCUUUUUGUCUAGAGAUGGGGUUCACCUCUGUUAUACUUGUUGGCCAUGAUGAUGGAGGGUUACUUGCAUUAAAGGCUGCACAAAGAGUUCAGUCAUCUAUGGGUUCAAUUAAUGUUGAGAUAAAGGGAGUUGUCUUACUGAGUGUUAGCUUGACAAGAGAACUGGUCCCUGCCUUUGCAAGAAUAUUGUUGCGCACUUCGCUUGGGAAAAAGCACUUAGUUCGUCCUCUUUUGCGAACUGAAAUUACUCAAGUAGUGAAUAGGCGUGCAUGGUAUGAUGCUACUAAGCUAACAACUGAAGUCUUAAGUCUUUACAAGGCCCCAUUAUUUGUAGAAGGUUGGGAUGAAGCACUUCAUGAGAUAGGGAAAUUAUCAUUUGAGACGGUGCUUACCCCUGACAAUGCAGCAUCAGUACUAAAAGCAGUUGAAAAUUUGCCAGUACUGGUAAUUGCGGGAGCAGAGGAUGCACUUGUACCAUUAAAAUCUGUUCAAAUUAUGGCCUCAAAACUUGUAAAUUCUAGACUGGUUGCAAUAUCUGGUUGUGGCCACCUUCCUCACGAGGAAUGUCCCAAGGCUUUGCUUGCAGCUAUGUCACCGUUCAUAAAUAGAAUUUUAGGGGUUCCAGAAUCCUAACACUAUUAGGAAAGAUUCAACAUCCAGAUAGGUUUCUCUCUUUGUUUCUGAAAAGCCAGCCUUGCCUGCCCGCCCGCCCUUAUAGUGUUUUUCUUCCUACAGUUUUAUCCCAAAAGGUAGAGUAACAAGUUCAUCUCUCCUUUUGGGCAUUUUUGAUGAUUAGUUUGGUGUUGAGUUUUUCUGUGUUGUUGAUUAGUAGUGGUAGGUUAAGGGUCUCUUGGCUUCAGUCAGCCCUUUUUAAACAGUUACCAUUAUUUGUGUCCAUAUGGGGAAAUUGGAAUGGAAUGGGAAUUUCUUUGUACAGAUGCAUGCAGAGAUGAAUGUUUAAGCAGAUUUUGUUCUUUUAAC